GAGACGUCAGCCCUGGAUUCCAGGUGAACCAUUCAGGGCUCAGGCUGACACAGACCUCUCACCAUGGAGCUGGGGCUGCACUGGGUUCUCCUUGUUGUUCUGAUGAAAGGUGUGCAGUGUGAGGUGCGGCUCGUGGAGUCUGGGGGAGGCUUGGUGCAGCCUGGGGGGUCCCUGAGACUCUCCUGUGCUGCCUCCGGAUUUGACUUCAGUAAUUACUGGAUGAGCUGGGUCCGCCAGGCUCCAGGGAAGAGGCCUGAAUGGCUCUCACACAUCCGUGGUGAUAGUAGUAGCAUAUACUACGCAGACUCUGUGAAGGGCCGCUUCACCAUCUCCAGAGACAACAGCAAGAGCACCCUUUACCUGCAGAUGAACAGCCUGAGAGUGGAGGACACGGCCAUCUAUUACUGUGCUAGAGACACAUAUAAACCAGCACUGAGCUUGGCUGAGGACGGCUGUGGACAGGACAGCAUGGACAGGCUGUGCUCUACCCUCCUGCUGCUCACUCUCCCUUCCUGGGCCCUGGCCCAGAUUGCCCUGAAGGAGUCUGGCCCUGGGCUGCUGCCACCCUCCCAGACCCUCAAACUCACCUGCUCCAUCUCGGGAUUCUCUCUGAGCACUUAUGGUGUGGGUGUGAGUUGGAUCCGGCAGCCCCCAGGGAAGACCCUGGAGUGGCUGGCCAAUGUGUGGUGGGAUGAUGAUAAGUACUACAACCCAGCCCUGAAGAGCCGGCUCUCCAUCUCCAAGGACAGCUCCAACAGCCAGGUGUUCCUCACAUUGGACAGCGUGGACUCUGCAGACCUAUUACUGUGCUAG